UGUUUUGUGCAAGCUCACCUGACCAUCAAGUGCCCCCAAAGAAGAAAGAAAGGAGGAAGGGAAGGUCUGCUCUUGCUGGGAUCCACCAGUCCUCCCUGUCACCAUUCCUGGAACUUUGUCUGCAGGGGUGAACACCCCACUGGUCCUGAAUGCCAACUUCAGGUCCCACCGUCAUGGGACUCUAAAGUCCAUGUGGCUCACAACUCUGAACCAGGUGUUAAGAAAGAUGCAGAGGCGGCACAGCAGCAACACGGACAGCGCUCCCCCUGAAAGAAACCGAAGCCAGACCCUCAGCUCUGAGACGAGUGUGGACGAAAGUGGUGUCUUCGAAGGUUUGAAACUCGAAGAUUCCUCCCCUCCACCCAUCUUCUCUGGAUUAGCCGGUCUGCAGCCAGGCACCCUCACAGCCACCCCAUUCCAGUCAGGCUUGGUUCUGGGCUCAUCCCCUGGAGGUGGGGAGGUGUUCAUACAGAUGCCAGCCCCCCGAGAAGAAGGGGCCAGCCGGGGAGAGAGCGGAACCUUCCAUCACCGACCAGCCUCCCAUCACUUCCACCACGGCCACCACCGGGGAAGCUCCCUGCUGCAUGUGGGUGGUGACCGGCAUGGGCAUGGAGAAGAAGGUGGUGAAGAUCAGCCGGGGACACCGGCCCCAGCCCUCUCUGAGCUCAAGGCCGUGAUCUGCUGGCUGCAGAAGGGACUCCCUUUCAUCUUAAUCCUCUUGGCUAAACUGUGCUUCCAACAUAAGCUGGGCAUUGCCGUGUGCAUUGGGAUGGCCAGCACAUUCGCCUACGCCAACUCCACCCUCCGUGAGCAGGUGUCUCUGAAGGAAAAGAGAUCAGUCCUGGUCAUCUUCUGGAUUUUGGCCUUCCUGGUGGGGAAUACCCUUUAUGUACUGUAUACAUUUAGCUCCCAACAGCUGUACAACAGCCUCAUCUUCCUGAAGCCCAACCUGGACAGCCUGGAUUUUUUUGACCUGCUGUGGAUCGUGGGAAUCGCUGACUUCAUGCUAAAAUACAUCACUAUAGCUCUCAAGUGUCUCAUCGUAGCCCUGCCCAAGAUCAUCCUGGCUGUCAAGUCCAAGGGCAAGUUCUAUCUGGUGAUUGAGGAGCUGAGCCAGCUGUUCCGGUCACUCGUUCCCAUCCAGCUGUGGUACAAAUACAUCAUGGGAGAUGACCCCUCCAAUAGCUAUUUCCUAGGAGGGGUCCUCAUCAUCCUUUACAGCCUUUGCAAGUCAUUUGACAUCUGUGGCCGGCUGGGUGGAGUAAGGAAGGCCCUGAAGCUUCUCUGCACUCCUCAGAACUAUGGAGUUCGGGCUACAAGCCAGCAGUGUGCUGAAGCUGGUGAGAUCUGUGCCAUUUGCCAAGCUGAGUUCCGGGAGCCUCUGGUCCUGAUGUGCCAGCAUGUUUUCUGUGAAGAGUGUCUCUGCCUUUGGUUUGACCGGGAGAGGACCUGCCCUCUCUGCCGCUCGGUUGCCGUGGAAACCCUUCGAUGCUGGAAGGACGGCACCACCUCUGCCCAUUUCCAGGUGUAUUAGAUCAAGACUCUCAUGGUGGAAGAAUGGAAGGCUGUAAGAGACCAGAGACAUCUCCAUCAUACAUCAGUCUUGUUGAGUUGGUUUGUCCCCAACACGGCGUCCUGUCCUCAGCCACACUCCAUGGAGGCCAGGCUGGUGAACAGUUGCCAGUAUGGGUCUCCUCUACGUGGCUUUGUUCAUCCUGGAUCCAGAACUGAGAUCCUUACCUGAACUCCCUUCCCCAUCCCCCGCUUCCUUCUUCAUAGGCUGAUGAAAUCCCGUGACCCUGACAACGUCCUCAUCCCUUUUCAACCAGGUCCCCUAAAUCAGCCCUGAAGAAUCUGACACGGUUCCAGUCAUUGCCCGUCUUCUAACCUUCCCACCCCUCAGAAAGUGGUAGAUAAUCUUGGUCAGCUAGCUGGUGGUGUGGUAGGUAGUCCACUGGACUUGGAGUCAGGAAGAAGUGAGUUCAAAUGCUGCUCCAACAGACACUAACUGUAUAACUCUGGCUAAGUCACUUAGUAGCUAGCAUAUAACCUUUCUCAGCCUCAAGUGUCCGCCUCUGUAAGAUGGGGAUAAUAAUACCACCUGCCUCACAGGGUUGUUGUGAGGUCGAGAUGAGACAACAUGGGAAGUACUUUGCAAACCCUAGAACUCUAUGGAAAUGCUUCUGUUAGUACUAGUUGUAUCAUGAUGACCUGCCUCCUGGAUGGGGUUGAUGGUUUGGGCUAUCAUCUGGGUCACUGUGGAGAAGAGCAAAGAUGAACACAAAUGUUGGGAACUAAGGAUUUUCAUGAAAAAAAAAAAACACUCCCUUCCCAUCCUCCCCUGCUCAGUGAAUUGCGUGUGGGCCAGAGUUGAAAUAUGUGGCCUUGGGGGCCUUUUCCACCUCAGAUCCUAAAAAUGUAGUGUUCUGAGAAACUUUAGAAAGCCUGAUGGUCCACAGGCUAGGAGAGGUAACCACAUUCAGGGAUGGGGUGGGCAACCUGUCGCCUGGAUGUAGAUGGCUCUCAACCCCUCUGCCGGCCCAUACAGCUUUGUUCCCUUUCUCAUACUCCUUUCUUUUCCCAUCCUCAUUCUUCCUCUGCCUCCUCUCCUCUUCCUCUCUCCCAUAACUGCCUCUUAUACACAUGUGAACCACCUUGUAUUCAUUUCAUUUAUACACUUAUAUUUGAACGUGUCAUCUCCCCAUUAAAAUGUAAGCUUCUUGAGGGCUAGAGUUUUGUAUUCCCAACACUUAACAGCUGUUUGU